AUGAUAACAGCGCUCCUGCGGAGUCGAGCUAGUUCCACAUUAUGGUUGAGACCUGGUCUAACUAGAAUAUCACCACGGUUGUGUAUCAACAAAUCUAGAGCUGCCCUAUUACAUUCCAGUUCAAGGGUUUACAAAUCCAACUCUUCAGAUCAAAGUCACAGCAAUGGGGACGCCAAGGAUGAAGACGUCGAAAACGUCAAGAAGGAAGUCGAACGUUUCAUUCGAGAUGCAAAGAAUGACACCGCAGAGAAUCGUGAAGAGCGUAAAAAAAGACUGGACGAUAGUAUUAAGAGACUAGAAGAAACGAUGCAGCGACAGCAAGACAAGCAACAGCAGGAGGCCCAAAAGGCUCAAGAGACUCAGAAAAACGAUGAUGUAACAAGCGCUGACAAGUCUGCCCCAAAGGCCUCGGAACAAAAGUCCUAUUUCGACGAGGAGAAGGAAGCGUUUGACCAAAAUAAAAAAAUCAAUGAUCGCAAGAAAGCGGAAGAAGAGAAACUAAAGAAGAUUCUAAAUGACCCGAACUCUAAUGUUCUCGCUGUGAACAUUGGGUUUUUGGAAAUCGGCGUUUUGUUGUUUUUGGUGUCGUUUGUUCUGAGUAGAGUUUACAACACGGAAGAACAAAGAGAAAUUACGUGGCAGGAUUUCAGAUCUGAGCUACUUGCAAAGGGAUAUGUUUCAAAACUUGUUGUGAUCAACAAGUCGUUUGUAAAAGUGAUUUUGAAUGAAAAUGGCAAAAACCAACCGGAGCACAGUGGUCAUGACUUUUACUUCUUUACCAUUGGAUCCAUCGAAAGUUUUGAGCGCAAAUUACAAAAGGCGCAAGAACAGAUUGGAAUCGCUGAAGACUUCAAAGUUCCUGUCAUUUACACUCAAGAAGGUAAUUGGGCCAAAGCCAUGUAUCAAAUUCUUCCGACAGCCUUGAUGAUCGGAGGUUUGAUUUGGAUCACCAAGCGUUCGGCAUCUGCUGCCGGUGGCGGUGGCCCUGGUGGUAUAUUUAGCGUUGGUAAGUCCAAGGCCAAACGAUUCAACAAAGACACCGACGUCAAAAUAUCUUUUAGAGACGUUGCCGGUUGCGACGAAGCUAAAGAAGAGAUUAUGGAAUUUGUGAGUUUUUUGAAAGAACCCUCUCGCUACGAGAAAUUGGGUGCUCAAAUUCCUCGUGGUGCCAUCCUGUCUGGCCCUCCCGGUACUGGUAAAACUUUAAUUGCCAAAGCAACUGCUGGGGAGGCUGGCGUGCCCUUUUUCUCAGUUUCGGGUUCGGAGUUUGUUGAAAUGUUUGUUGGUGUCGGUGCCUCAAGGGUACGUGACUUGUUCAAGACUGCCCGCGAGAACGCUCCUGCGAUUAUCUUUAUCGAUGAAAUAGAUGCCAUCGGUAAAGCUCGGCAGAAGGGAAAUUUUUCGGGUGCCAAUGAUGAAAGGGAGAACACUUUGAAUCAGUUGUUGGUGGAGAUGGACGGUUUCACCUCGGCCGACCAUGUGGUUGUUCUAGCAGGCACCAACCGUCCCGACGUACUCGACCAAGCUCUCAUGCGUCCAGGAAGAUUUGACAGACACAUCAACAUCGACAGACCCGAGCUUGAAGGACGCAAACAAAUAUUUGGAGUUCAUUUAUCAAAGAUCAAGAUCGCUGGUUCUCUAGAUGAUCUACAAAAUCGACUUGCAGCGUUAACCCCAGGGUUCUCCGGUGCUGACAUUUCCAAUGUUUGUAACGAAGCUGCUUUGACUGCUGCAAGAAAUGACUGUUCUACUGUGAAAUUGAAUCAUUUCGAACAAGCGAUUGAACGAGUCAUUGGUGGCGUUGAAAGAAAAUCAAAGCUUCUUUCGCCAGAAGAAAAGAAGAUUGUUGCGUAUCAUGAAGCCGGACAUGCCGUUUGCGGUUGGUUCUUAGAAUUUGCCGAUCCUCUAUUAAAGGUGAGCAUCAUUCCUCGCGGUCAAGGUGCCCUCGGUUAUGCCCAAUAUCUCCCCGGUGACGUUUACCUCUUAAGUGAGCAGCAGCUGAAGGACAGGAUGACCAUGGCUCUAGCUGGCAGGGUUUCGGAGGAAUUGCAUUUCCCAUCUGUCACGAGUGGCGCUUCGGACGAUUUUCAGAAGGUUACUCGUAUGGCUACCGCAAUGGUCACAGAGCUCGGUAUGAGUGACAAGAUUGGCUGGAUCAAUUACCAAAGGAAAAGCGAGAGCGAUUUGACAAAGCCAUUCUCGGAGGAUACUGCUGCUAUCGUGGAUUCUGAAGUUUACAACAUUGUGCAGACAUGUCACGACAGGUGCACCGCUUUACUGCAAGAGAAAGCUGACGAAGUGGAGAGAGUUGCUCAACAACUAUUGAAGGAAGAAGUGUUGACAAGAGAAGACAUGAUUCGCAUGUUGGGCAAACGUCCAUUUUCUGAACGUAAUGAUGCCUUCGACAAGUACCUCAAUGAAAAAGAAACAGAGAGGCUACGGAAGAACGAGGAACGCGAUGUUGGAAUGAGUGUGUGA